UGUCUGGUGACGGCAGCCGUCGCUCCGCCGUCCGCUCUGGAGGGUUCUCAGCUUUCCUCGGCAAAACGUUUGGGCGCAGGCGCGGCACUGACAGCUGCUGUCUACUUACUCCGCAAGUCGGUUUAAUAAUGGCCUGGAAAUGCGGAGGCGCCAGCCACGCUGAGCUCGUUACAAUCUCCGCAAAAAUGGUAUUAUCAAAUCUGACAAUGUCUACGAAGUGAUGCUGGCCACGGACCGAGCCCAUUUCUGUAGGAAUAAUCCGUACGUGGACUCUCCACAGUCAAUAGGUUUUUCAGCAACCAUCAGCGCGCCCCACAUGCAUGCCUAUGCCCUGGAGCUUCUACAUGACCAGCUGUACGAGGGAGCUAAGGCUCUAGACGUGGGCUCCGGUAGUGGAAUCCUGUCUGUUUGCUUUGCACGAAUGGUAGGCCCCAAAGGGAGGGUGAUAGGAAUUGAUCACGUCAAAGAGUUGGUAGAUGAUUCUAUAAACAAUGUGAAGAAAGAUGACCCCAGUUUGUUAUCGUCGGGCAGAGUCAAGCUAGUCGUGGGAGACGGGAGGUUGGGUUACCCAGACGAGUCGCCUUAUGAUGCCAUCCAUGUUGGUGCAGCAGCAUCCGAAGUCCCCCAAGCACUUUUGGACCAGUUGAAACCAGGCGGUCGACUGAUUCUGCCUGUGGGUCCAGCUGGAGGAAACCAGAUGCUGGAGCAGUAUGAUAAGAUGGAGGAUGGCAGCACCAAAACGAAGUCCUUGAUGGGGGUGAUCUAUGUGCCUUUAACAGACAUACAGAAGCAGUGCACCAGGUGGAAGUGACUUCCUUCUCCCCCUUCCUCCCCCCUCUGUCCUUCUCACGGUGGCCAAGGGACGAGCUUUGAAGAGGAAGAUUUCUACAAUUCACUCUCAAAUUGGAGAAAAGUUGGAUGGUUUCGGUUAGCACUCGGCAUUUUGUUCACAGCGUAACACGCCAUUUUUGUUUAAUUUUAACAAUGGACGAGAGCAUCACAUCAAUGUCGGUCCAGACGGGCUGGAAGAAAGACUGCUUGAAUAGUUCAGCUGGGUCUGCCUGUCUCCUUCCUCUCAGUCAUCCUCAUCUGGAAAUUUUUUUGUUUUGUUUUAAACUGCUGGUUUUUUGUUUUUUUUCUUCAGAUGAAUUGCAUUCAACCGUUUCUACAGUAUUACAGUUUAGCACCACGAAGGCUACACGUAGGAAGAACGGAUACGGAAAGCCGGAGCCUUUUAUGAGGCACGUGUGUGUAGGGUGUUUUUUUUUUUGUUUUGUUUUUUUAUAAAGGUUAAUAUUUAAGAUGCCAGCAGUAUUAAGAACGUGCACGCCCAGGCAACACUAUAGCUGACCUAACCCCCCUAUCCCCACAUGUAGGCUAACAUAGCACAUAAUGCUUCCACGCUCCACAGAGAGCACUUUGACCACCGACACACGUGUACACUUACAGUUGACGUGUUGCUUUCUGCUGCCGGUUUUUCCAUCAACUUUCUGUGCAGGCUUUUCUAGGGACUGGCGCUAAAAGAGCAAGUCGCUGCUUUGCCAAAAUAAUAAUAUAAAGGAAAUGAAUGUUUUCCUGAAAACUAAAUAAUAAUUAAAAAAGGCACAUUUUAUUUUGGGUGAAACAAAUAAUGGGAAUUAUUUGGCUUUUACUGUUCCUGGAAUGAUGGUGUAAAAUAAAGAGAUAUGUUGUUGUC